AUGGGAGAGGAUGGCAAUGGAAAUCUAACGACAGAAGCCAUGAUAGCUUUCAUGAACAUCGCCUUUCUAGUUGCCCUGUUCCUGCUCAAUUCAGAUCGCAUUCAGAAAGCCAUUGAGAUAUGCAGCGAAUGUUUGAUUUUGCUAAAUAACACCGAUCAAAACAGCAAAGACCAAUUUAAAACACUACUGCUACAAUUUUACAGCGCCUUCAAUUUACUUCUUUUCAAGGCUUAUCGUCGUAUCUCUGACUACAUAAGUGCGGAAAGAUACGGAAGGAAACUGCUUGUCUUAUACAGCGAGUCUGGUGACUUAGAAAGAGAAGGAGAUAUAAGCUUAGCUCUUGCAGAGAUUGUUGAGAGUCAAAACAGGUUUACAGAUGCCAGACAACUUUACGUAAAAGCAGUUAAUAGCAAGAGAUUAACUGCAACCGAAAUUGGCGACAAAGAAGGAGAAGCUUCCUGUUGCGAAAACCUAGGAACGUUGCUUCAGUUACUCGGGGAAUGCGACAAGGCUAAACAGUAUUUCAAAAAAGCGCUUCUCAUCAGAACUGAAAUUGGCGACAGAAAAGGAGAGGCAACUGACUAUGGAAACCUAGGAACUGUGUUUCACUCUCUCGGGCAAUACGAAAAGGCUAUAGAGAAUCUCCGAAAAGCGCUUGUCAUCAAAUCUGAAAUUGGCGACAGAAAAGGAGAGGCAUCAUGCUAUGGAAACCUGGGAACUGUGUUUCACUCGCUCGGGCAAUGCGACAAGGCUAUAGAGUAUCUCCAAAAAGCGCUCGUCAUCAGAACUGAAAUUGGCGACAGAAGAGGAGAAGCAUCAUGUUAUGGAAACUUAGGAACUGUGUUUCAGUCGCUCGGGCAAUACGACAAGGCUAAAGAGUAUCUCCAAAAAGCACUUGUCAUCAGAACUAAAAUUGGCGACAGGGAAGGAGAGGCAACUGACUACAGAAACCUAGGAACUGUGUUUCAUUCUCUCGGGCAAUAUGACAAGACCAAAGAGUAUCUCCAAAAAGCGCUUGUCAUCACAACUGAAAUUGGCGACAGAAGAGGAGAAGCAUCUGACUACGGAAAUCUUGGUACUGUGUUUCAGUCGCUCGGGCAAUACGACAAGGCUAAAGAGUAUCUCCAAGAAGCCCUCGCCAUCAGAACUGAAAUUGGCGACAGAAGAGGAGAAGCAUCAUGUUAUGGAAACCUAGGAACUGUGUUUCAGUCGCUCGGGCAAUACGACAAGGCUAAAGAGUAUCUCCAAAAAGCGCUUGUCAUCAGAACUGAAAUUGGCGACAGAAGAGGAAAAGCAUCAUGUUAUGGAAACCUAGGAACUGUAUUUCAGUCGCUCGGGCAAUACGACAAGGCUAAAGAGUAUCUCCAAAAAGCGCUUGUCAUCACAACUGAAAUUGGCGACAGAAGAGGAGAAGCAUCAUGUUAUGGAAACCUAGGAAUUGUAUUUCAGUCGCUCGGGCAUUAUGACAUGGCUAACGAGUAUCUCCAAAAAGCGCUCGUCACCAGAGCUAAAAUUGGCGACAGGGAAGGAGAAGCAACUGACUACGGAAAUCUUGGUACUGUGUUUCAGUCGCUCGGGCAAUACGACAAGGCUAAAGAGUAUCUCCAAGAAGCCCUCGCCAUCAGAACUGAAAUUGGCGACAGAGAAGGAGAGGCAACUGACUACGGAAACCUAGGAACUGUGUUUCAGUCGCUCGGGCAAUACGACAAGGCUAAAGAGUAUCUCCAAAAAGCGCUUGUCAUCACAACUGAAAUUGGCGACAGAAGAGGAAAAGCAUCAUGUUAUGGAAACCUAGGAACUGUAUUUCAGUCGCUCGGGCAAUACGACAAGGCUAAAGAGUAUCUCCAAAAAGCCCUCGCCAUCAGAACUGAAAUUGGCGACAGAAGAGGAGAAGCAUCAUGUUAUGGAAACCUAGGAACUGUGUUUCAGUCGCUCGGGCAAUACGACAAGGCUAAAGAGUAUCUCCAAAAAGCGCUUGUCAUCACAACUGAAAUUGGCGACAGAAGAGGAGAAGCAUCAUGUAAUGGAAACCUAGGAACUGUGUUUCAGUCGCUCGGGCAAUACGACAUGGCUAACGAGUAUCUCCAAAAAGCGCUUGUCAUCAGAACUAAAAUUGGCGACAGAGAAGGAGAGGCAACUGACUACGGAAACCUAGGAACUGUGUUUCAGUCGCUCGGGCAAUACGACAAGGCUAAGGAGUAUCUCCAAGAAGCCCUCGCCAUCAGAACUGAAAUUGGCGACAGAAGAGGAAAAGCAUCAUGUUAUGGAAACCUAGGAACUGUGUUUCAGUCGCUCGGGCAAUACGACAAGGCUAAAGAGUAUCUCCAAAAAGCGCUUGUCAUCACAACUGAAAUUGGCGACAGAAGAGGAGAAGCAUCAUGUUAUGGAAACCUAGGAACUGUGUUUCAGUCGCUCGGGCAAUACGACAAGGCUAAAGAGCAUCUCCACAAAGCGCUCGUUAUCAGAACUGAAAUUGGUGAUAAGGAAGGGGAGGCAGCAGAUCUUGCAAACCUUGGAGUUGUGUCUAGAACUGUUGGAGAUUAUGAAGCUUCGGAAGUAUGCUUGGAGAAAGCUUUAUCCAUAUCUAGAGAUAUUGGAGACAGAAGAAAAGAGUUCCAAAUCCUUCAAGAGCACGCUAUUUUGUAUUUAUUUCAAAAUAAACUCAAAGACUCCCUUUUGUGUCUUCACCUGUGCAUUGAAAAGUAUGAGGAGCUGAGAUCUUUCUUGGGCGCCAAUGAUCAGUUCAGAACAUCAUUUCUGGAGGACUCAGGAACAUUUACCCACAAGCUGCUUUCUAAGUUGCUUUGUGCCACCGGAAAUUCUCGGGAUGCUCUUUACGUUGAGGAGUUGGUUCGAGCCAGAGGCCUAUCAGACUUGAUGACAGAGAAGUACUCGGUUGAAACGCACAUCUCUGCUAAUCCACAAUCUUGGUUUGGCAUUGAAGACAUCUCUAGAAAGGAAGACAACUGUACUUGUCUGUACAUUUCUUAUUUUCAAAAUGAUUUGCAUUUGUGGAUCUUGAAAACAAGUGGAGUCCUUCACUUUAAAAGAAUAUCUGUGGAAGAGAAUCUAGUUCAGGCUGGGUUGCCCAAAGAUUUGCCUUUAAGUAAAUUUUUGGCAGAUUGUUUGCAACCUCUCUCCCUCGGGCAAAAGAGCUCAGCAAGAUUGCGACUCGUGGAGGAACACGAGGACAAGAACGAAGGAGUCAUUUCAAGUCUAUCUUUGUGUUACAAAAUGUUUAUUGCCCCCGUUUAUGAUUUGCUUGAGGAGCCUGAAGUCAUAAUCGUCCCUGACCGCUGUUUGUACCAAGUUCCGUUUGCUGCUCUCCGUGAAAAGGAGGGGGCCGAAUACCUGUCGGAGACUCAUAGGAUCCGUGUCAUUCCUUCUUUGACAACACUCAAGAUCAUUCAAGAUAGUCCAGAGGAUUAUCACAGCAACACUGGUGCCUUGAUAAUCGGCAAUCCCAAGGUUGAUUGGCUGCUGCCAUUGCCAGGUGCAAGAAAGGAAGCGGAGAUGGUCGGACGAUUGGUGGGUGUUCCGCCUCUGGUAGACGAGAAAGCAACGAAACAGGCGGUACUUGAGCGGAUAAGUUCAGUGAGCCUGAUACAUUUUGCUGCCCAUUGUAACGCCGAGAGGGGAGAAAUUGCCCUCUCUCCCAUUCCUGCUCCUAACGGUCGAAACGCUAUCCUACCACAGGAAGCUUACAUGUUGACGAUGGCUGAUGUCUCACGAGUAAAAAUCAGAGCUAAACUGGUGGUGCUUAGCUGCUCUCACAGUGGAAGUGGACAGAUGAGAGCCGAGGAAGUUAUAGGAAUUGCCCGCGCGUUCUUAGGAUCCGGUGCUCGCUCUGUGUUGGUUGCGCUAUGGACCAUUUCAGACUCAGCAACAGAGCAGCUGAUGAGUCGGUUCUACAAACACCUUGUUGAAGGAGAAAGUGCCGGUGAAUCCCUUCAUCAGGCCAUGAAGUGGAUGAGAAAAAACGGCUUUACCAAAGUGUCUGAGUGGGCUUCGUUUACGCUGAUUGGAGAUGAUGUGAGGCUCGAGUUUGGCAAGCAGAGGAAAGAAGAUGAGAAUAGCUCGAAGGAAACAGACCUUAGAGACUUUUCGACGGAUAACCAAAUAUAAUAAGUAGAGAAAAUACUCUAUCCGUUAUUUUAUUGUGUAAUUAAGGAAAGGGCAACCUCAAAUUAAGGACAUUAAUUUCAAUUUUUUACAUUCUCUUUUCCGAUCUUCUCAGAAGGAGGUAUUGGUUACGUAUCCGAGAAUAUUUUUUCUGCACAAAAAUUGUCUUAUCCGGCCGAUAUAAUUAGCACGAAACAUUAUUGACUUAGGGCUCUUAAGUAAAGUGAAAUCAGCAAAGUUAAAACAGUAGUUUAAGCAUCAAAAACGAACCAGUUAAGUCUUACAGGGUUUUCUUACAAAGCCUUUUGUUAUAGGUUUCGUUAACAGAAUCCUAAAUUUUUUUAUUUAAAAUCUUUACGAAAAGCUUUUCUUUUGGUCAGUUCCAGUACUACUUCUGAGUGCUUAAAAGAUUGGAAAAAAAUUCAUGGAUUUCCAAAUAGAACCAUGGAAAAAGCUUUCAAGGUCAAGAACUUAAUCAGUAUCAAGUGGAAAAAUGACGGCAGCAAUAUUUUGAAACUGGUUCAACAAGUCACUUAGGCAUUGUAAUGUUUGAGUUAAAGUAUGUUUGCAUAGUGAUUUAAUUGUUUUUAAGUCAGGUCAUUGUCAAAAUGUUGUUUAGGGAAUCAAAAUAUUCUUGUUUUUUAGCACACUUUAUACAAUUUUUGGCAAAGUU